CUCGGGCCUCCGUUCCCAUUAGCAACCGCAGGCUUCUAAACAACCUCCUUUCCCGACUCCCCUUUUCGGUCCCCGACCGCCUUGGGGUUUAAGAACGUAAAACGGCAGGCAGACUACUAACCUGGUCGCGCUCGCUGCGCUCGGGUUCGGGUUCGGGUCCGGGUUCGGCUCCGGACUCCUCGCCGCUGCCAUGGCAGAGUUGGGCCUAAAUGAGCACCAUCAAAAUGAAGUUAUUAAUUAUAUGCGAUUUGCUCGUUCAAAGAGAGGCUUGAGACUCAAAACUGUAGAUUCCUGCUUCCAAGACCUCAAGGAGAGCAGGCUGGUGGAGGAGACCUUCACCGUGGACGAAGUCUUGGAAGUCCUGGAUGGGCUGCAGACUGUGGUCCACAGUGAGGUGGAGUCCGAGCUCAUCAACACCGCUUACACCAACGUGCUGCUUCUGCGGCAGCUGUUUGCACAGGCUGAGAAGUGGUACCUAAAGCUACAGACAGACAUCUCUGAGCUAGAAAACAGAGAAUUGUUAGAACAAGUUGCAGAAUUUGAGAAAGCAGAAUUUACAUCUUCAAAUAAGAAGCCCAUCAUAGAUAUCACAAAGCCAAAACUCGUUCCAAUUAAUGAAGGCGGAACAACAGAACUCCUAAACAAGGAAAUUUGGAGACUUCAGGAAGAGAAUGAGAGAUUGAAAGCAAGGCUGAAAACUGUUGAAAUACAGGCUACAAAUGCACUGGAAGAGAAGUCAGAACUAGAAAAGGCACUUCGAGAUUUACAACUUGACCAAGGAAAUAAGCAGGACUUCACCAAGUCCCAAGACCUGAGUGACUUGGAAGACACAGUGGCCGCUUUAAAGAGUGAGUUCCAGAAGACCCUCAGUGACAAGACAGAGAACCAGAAGUCCCUGGAGGAGAACCUGGCCACAGCCAAGCACGACCUGCUCCGGGUCCAGGAGCAGCUGAGCAUGGCGGAGAAGGAAUUAGAGAAAAAAUUCCAACAAACGGCAGCCUAUCGAAACAUGAAAGAGAUUCUCACUAAGAAGAACGACCAGAUCAAAGACCUGAGGAAACGACUGGCAAAAUACGAAUGUGAAGACUGACACGCGGAGCGCACCCAGAGCCUGCCACCACGGCCACAGCAGGCCGCCUCUGCUCAGGCACGUGUUUUGUCAUAUAGUCUCCUAUUUUUCUAAUAUUUAAACUUUGCUUUUAGUACUUAGAACUAAAGUUCUUAUUUUUCAGUUCUCUUACUGGAAAGAGGGAAAGGGUAAAUGGCUUUUCUUGCUGAUUGCAUCCAAAGCGCUCUCUGCUGAGCUCCAGAGUCUCCGCGAGAAUGCAGAGAAUUGCUCAGUGAAGAGAGUCUUAGCCUGUG